AUGGCAUCCUGGGUCCUGCUCGACGACAAGAGCGAGUCAGACCUGCAUAAGACGCGCCUGCUCAAUGUCGAGGAGAAGCCCUUCAAACGCAUCACGAAGCGACUUGUGUUCAUAGCCUCUGCCGUGUCCAAGACCGCCGGAAGCCAGGAUGCUUCAGGCGGCCCCCAAAACCCCUCCUCGCUCCUAAACGGCGACGCGCUACAGGUCGACCUCACCCACGACUUUGCUGCCUUUGACAGCAGCAUCGCCCGCUUCCAGUUCCUCCACGACGCGAACCAGCGCGAGCGCGAGCGAUAUGCCGCCGAUCAGCAGCGCAUCCUCGGCGAGUGCCAAGACGUCAGGGCAAACAACACCCGCCUGCGUGAGCAGUUAGAGAGCGCGCGCGCGACGCUGGCGCAGCGCAAGAAGUUUGACGAGCUGGCCGAGAGAAUUACCUCGAGCAGGCUCCUGCGGCCCCGGGAGGAUCAAGUAGUCAACUUGGCCAAGCUGGAAGACGAGUGCAGAGAGCUGGAGCGCGAGAGUGAGACGUACAGCGAAACCUGGAAAGAGCGGCGGGACCAAUUCAACAGGAUCAUGGAGGAGGGCAAAAUGCUGCGGCGGCAAAUCCGAGACGAAAAGGAAGAGGUCGACCGGCGCGAGGGCAUGAAUGAAGGUGGCGAGGACGAUGCAGAGGGCGACAAGGACGCCCAGACGCCCAGAAACAUGGCGAGCGAGCUGGCGACUCCCCACGCCGACGUCGAUAGCCAGCCCAAGGCUGCCGAGAGCGCCGUUGAUACGCCGCGACCGGUCUCGCCCGGCGGCGCGAGAACACCCAUGCCUGGCUCACCGGGACUGGACAAGCCCAGGUUCAGAUCAGCUCUGUCCAGGGAUGCUGCGGGCCAACGGUCAGAUCAGGCUGCGGAAGACGGGUCUCGAGGUGACGUGGAGAUGGAGGACGGUCAGCAACAGGCUAUGAAGGACGAGGAAGGCGACAAACAAACGGGUGGUGAGGAACUGCCAGAGGUUACGGGGGACAAUAUGGAGGUUGAUGAGUAG